AUGCCUCUCCAGUUGCCUGAUUUCGAUGAUCUACCGCCUGUUCAUGGGAUGCCCCAGGGUUGUGCGUGGGGAAUUUUCGACAAGGAUGGCAAAAAAGAUGUUUUUGGGACGUUGAAUCUCUUGACGCUGGAUGUGGUUAAAGCUGCAGCUGCAGAGGUGCGCCACGGGAUUUCGGUUUCCUUAAAUUGGCCUAUUGGAAGUAUCAGAGUUCCUGGCUUUUUUCGAAAAAGUCUUGAGCACAGGGUCUUCAAGCUUGAAGAUAAGGAGGCCAAUUUGCAUUAUGGAUUUGAUGACGAGGUUGAGUUUAACACGCAGGGAAGCAGUCAAUGGGAUAGCCUUUGUCACUUCUUACACCUCCCAACUGGCACAGCAUACAAUGGUGCCAAACCAAUGGUCGAAGACAUGCAAAAUCCAUCCCCCUCAAGGCUAAAGCUUCCGACGUUGAACCACUGGCAUGACCGUGGCUGCAUUGCCGGACGCGGCGUCUUGAUCGAUUUCAAAUCCUACGCCGAGGCUCACGGCGUUGAAUACUGCCCCUUCUCCGCAUUCCGUAUUGGAGUCUCCGAUAUUAAUGCCAUCGCAUCAUACCAAGGAGUUACAUUCAGAUCCGGCGACAUUCUUAUCAUCCGCUUCGGCGUGACAGAAGCAUUAGAAAACAUGACUGGCGACGAGCAAGCAGCUGCAAUGUCUAGUUACCAGGCAUGUGGACUAGAUGGGAGCGAGGAAAUGGCUCGGUGGCUUUGGAAUGAACAUUUUGCAGCUGUGGCCAGUGAUAAUAUUGCCGUUGAGGCUAUGCCGCCUAUGAUCGAUGGUUUGGAACAGCCCUUGACACACCUCAUCCUGCAUCAGUGGUGUCUGAGUUUGUUUGGUCUUCCGCUUGGGGAACUGUGGUAUCUCAAACCGCUUGCUGAGCAGUGCAAGGCACUUGGAAAACACACCUUUCUUCUUACAUCAGCGCCACUGAAUGUGCCAGGAGCUGUUGGAAGUCCACCUAAUGCUUUGGCUCUUCUGUGA